AUGAAUUCCUCAGGGCAUCAGUGGGCAUCCGCCAUGAAUAUCUCCUCUCUCGCCCAGUUUAAUCUUUUCCUUGAGAAGAUAAUACAGGGCAUCCCUCAAGACCACCACAACUUUAUCUUGAACUUUGCUAAUGAUAUAUACCUCAUGGGGGUACCAACAGCAUCUCUGACAAAUCAGGAGCAGAGGGGAUUCGGAGAAACUUCACGACAGAUUGUGAACAUUACCAUUUUUGAAAAUAAUGAAUUAGCGGAAAUAGUGUUACUAUCCAUUCUCUUCGUUGUAAUUGGAUUUAUUGGGAUAAUUGGGAAUAUUAUUGUUGUGUACAUAGUGUUCAGCGACUUCAAGAUGUGGAAAUCAAACACAAAUAUUCUUAUUGUAAAUGUCGCGCUGUCCGACCUAGGCAUUUUGAUCUUUGGCAUACCAGAGAUCGUGAUGUACAUGCUGCACCGAGGCUGGCUGUUAGGGCUCGAAAUGUGUAAGGUUGAUAGGUCUGUUCUGGUUGCGGCAUUGUAUGUGUCCGUGAUGACACUUUUAGCGCUUUGCAUUGAGAGGUUUAUCGCUAUUGUGUUUCCAAUCAAGGCUCACAUCAUAUGCACCAGACGGCGAACCGUUGUCGUAGUCGGCCUAAUCUGGGCAAUGGCCUUGGUGUUUGCUUCGCCUACCAUGCUCUUCAACAUCGUUACCACCCUGGAUGGCAACAACUCAAUCGAGUUUUGCGUGCUUUUGUUUCCCAACGACCACCAACGAAUGUUUCUAGUAUUCAAAUAUACAGAGUCGAUCUUGUUUUAUUUCAUCCCCCUGAUUAUUCAAAUUGUGUGCUACAUCAUAAUUGGGAAGCAUUUGUUCAUUGGAAUAAAUGAGCUACACGGACAGAAUGUGCGAGCGAGCCCAGGGAAUCCACAUUCAGUAAAAUGCUCCGACACAAUCACUGCUCGAAGAGGUGUAAUCAAAAUGUUGAUAGUCAGUGUACUUCUUUACUUUGUCAGUUACUCACCGCAUCAAGUCUUACUGUUAUAUAACACAUUUUCGCCGUCGCCGUUUCACCAGAACUGGGGAUUUCUUGUUGGCGUCACAGUCUUAGCUUAUCUUAACUCUGCCGGCAAUCCAAUUAUUUAUUGCGUGUUCAGCGAGAGGUACCGGAACAAGUUCUUGUCGAUUUUCUCUUGCUGGAAGACGGAAAGGGUCAAUCAAACGGACACAAUUAUGCUUCAUUCUAGCACUCCCGCCACAGAGUAUACGUUACUGUAUCGGAAGUCGAUUGGACACUUUAAAAGAAACACGAAGUAAAACAAGGCUAUUAGAAAUAACAUGUUUUGUUCAUAAUUAUUAGUGUUUUUGUCGGUAGUUCAAGUAAAUGUAAAUGCUGUAAUUUGGUUGACACGCACUUUAGUAAGAUUAAGCAAGAUUGAGUAAUACCGAAUUUUAUCUUAUAUUAUGCU